AUGGUUUGCGCCUACCACGAGGCGGCCAGAGAGCGAGAUCUUCACAGAUACUACCGCCCGUGGCUGGACGCGCAGAGUCUCGUGAGUGCCAACGGCAUCGGCUACAAAGGCCUCAGCCAGAAGGAAUUUCGCCCGCAAAAUGGUCGCGAUCGCUCCCUCACGGCCUUCGCCCAGCUGGCCGCGCUGCGCUUGGACACGCGACGUGCCAUGGUCUCGUUGAUUGACUCGACCCGACAAUACAUUCUCGCCGAAGCCACUCGCACUGUUUCUCUCCUCUCGACCGCUGCAGAAUCCCCGGGAGACGAGGUCUGGCUUGGCAAUGCCAUUCUGAACAAGUUCGACGCUGUGUGCCACCAUACCUUCACUUCGAGGUACAUUGCAAAGGAGGAGAAUGGCGAUCCGUACGAGGCAGAGGCCAUGUUCAUUCCAGACUGCCGGAUGGAUCCCCGCUUCGCAGACAGGGACUAUGUCAAGGACGAACCCGGUGUUCGUUUCUACGCUGGCGUGCCCAUCAUUACCAGAGCUGGACAUCGCAUCGGCGUAUAUGCCGUCUCGGACGAGAAGCCGCGUGAUGCCAUCAGCGCUGCUGAGGUGCGGUUCAUGCAGGACGUGGCCGCCGCCAUCAUGGAGCAUCUUGAGCUUGCAAAGGACUCAGAUGACCGCAUCAAGGGCGAGCGCAUGGUGAAGGGUCUGACCCAGUUCAUCGAGCGUUCAACUGCGCAGGACCUGCGCGAAGACUCCAACCCCAGGUCGUCGAUUAUGGACCGACAGACUGAGAACGCACGCCUCCAGACACUUGAUGAAGAGGAAGAUGCUGCUCCCGCGCCGCCUGCACACACAGUCAAGCAAGCAGCCCAGCGCAAGCACGAAGGCGAGUCGGACACGACGCGCAUUUUCCAACGGGCAGCCCGUAUCGUUCGCGAAAGUACAGACGCUGAUGGUGUCGUCUUCUUUGAUACUUCUGCAGCUGGCAUCACGGGCCAGCUCCACAAUUUCGACAGACAGGCGAACAGUAGCGAUGAAAGUGCAACGCACAACACAACCGACUUCGACACUGGCGAUUCUACGACAUCGCGCCGGCGUAGAAGGCAAAAUGCGAUUUUCCACGAAAGAUCGGUCGAUGCGGCACUUGCCCAAAGCAAAGCAUGUCCAGUUGCAGGUCUCUCUCUGCGUAAUGGUAAUGCAUCUCUAGUGCAUGCUGACUUCGCCUUUACUGAAGCCACCAUGGAGCGCUACAUUCAUCGCUAUCCGUUUGGCAAAUUUUUCAAUUACAAUGAAGAGGGAGUUGGUUUUAACAGCUCCGACGAGAAGAGCCAGACUUCGGAAACUGACCAAUCGGACCGCACCCAGACAGAAGCAUCGAACUUACCAAUCAAGAAUCGGAAGAGAAGAGAGAGGUUCAUCCCGACCGAGUUCUUGCAAGUUCUGCCCAAUGUACGAACACUCAUCUUCCUCCCUCUUUGGGAUCCGGCUUCCGAGCGCUGGGUGGCUGGUGGAUUUAUCUGGACCACACAGGCUGGACGACUAAUGAGCCCUGAAAACGAGCUACCUUAUCUUCAAGCAUUUGGGAACAGCAUCACUAGCGAAGUUGCACGCUUGACGGCUCAGAAGGCCGAUAAAGCCAAGACAACAUUCAUUGCCUCCAUAUCCCACGAGCUUCGCAGUCCUUUACAUGGAAUUCUAGGAUCAGUCGAGUUCCUUCGCGAUACUGUAUCAUCCGCAUACCAGGAGUCUCUCGUUUCUUCCAUAGAAACUUGUGGUAAAACACUACUGGAUACCAUCGACCAUGUUCUCGACUACGCAAAGAUAAACAAACUACGAAGCACGAAUUCUCAGCGCAAGCAACGCAACGAUAAGCGCCAGAAGAGAUCCCCGGCUGACAACUCAAUCCUUGGUGUGACUGCCGACUUUGAUCUUGCUCAGCUGGUGGAAGAGGUCUGUGACACAGUCUGCGCAGGUCACACUUUCCGCAAGACACAGAACGCCAAUGGCGGCGCCAUUUAUGACCAAGCAGAGAACAACAUUACAAAUGCCAGGGAUAGAGUUGGUGGAGUCAAUGUAUCCCUCAUCGUCGCGCCUCAUGUGAGCUGGAGUAUCCGUUCGCAACCGGGCGCGCUACGACGCAUCGUUAUGAACCUUCUUGGAAAUGCCCUCAAGUAUACUGACUCAGGCUUCAUUGCAAUAAGACUGGAGCAGACGAUGAGCAGUGACAAGACCAUUGACUUGGCUCUCACCAUUGAAGACUCCGGCCGUGGAAUGUCUUCUGACUACCAGCGGACUAAGCUGUUCGCUCCUUUUAGUCAGGAAGAUCCGUUUUCCAGCGGCACUGGGCUUGGGCUCAGCAUAGUGAAGCAAAUCGUCGAAUCUCUCAAGGGAGAAAUUGAGGUUAAGAGCACGCUCAAUGACCAUGCGCUUCGCGCUUCGAAGGAAUUGUCUGGAUUGUCUGCAAGUGUCGUCACAGUGGCUGAUACUCUCAGAGAUGAGCGUGGAGUUCAUCUGAAAGAGUCCAUGCUAAAGGCCUGUCAGACGUAUGACAUGCACAUAUCCGGAGUUGACCAAGUUACAAGUGCCGAAACAGACCUCUUGCUAUGCGACUUACCGUCACUUACGGAGUUGCUUGAAAAGCCGGGCGUGGGCCGAGUCCAUCAGGCACCUCUAUCUGUGGUCUGCAUCUGCACAGACACGGCUGAAAAGACAGUCGUUGACGCACACCUCUCGCAAAAGAUGGAUGCAUUGGGCUGGGUCGUCGAAGUUGUCACACAACCCUGCGGCCCCCGCAAACUCACCCGCGCCCUUCUCACCUGCCGCUCCCGUGCCUCCAACCAAGGCUCAAACCGCCACUCGCUCAUCCGCUCGCAAACCAUCCUCAACGUCCCCACCACCGACACGCACCAUCACCUCACCCCGCCCGCUGCCCUCGCACACCGCUCCCUGAGCGAAGUAUACCCCCACGAAAAACCCCCGUCCCAAAAUGAACCCGGCAUGCCCUCCCCGCCCAUCUCUCAGGCCCUCCCAACGACAAUCACCCCCCUAAGUCCUGGCCAGGAAGUCAGCGCCGAGUACUUCAGCCCCCGCGUCCUGCUCGUCGACGACAACGCGAUCAAUCUCAAACUGCUCGUCGUAUUUGCGCAGCGCCAAAAGCUGCGUUUCAGCGAAGCGAUGAAUGGCCUCGAAGCGCUCAAUACAUUCAAGCGCGAAGCAAACAUUACGGAGUCCGCGCCCGUCCGGCCAUUCGACUUUGUGCUCAUGGACCUCAGCAUGCCCGUCAUGGACGGGUUGACAUCCACACGGCAGAUACGGCAGUUUGAAAAGAAAAUGGGUCUGCAGCGGAGUACGAUUGUGGCGCUCACGGGGCUGGCAAGUGCGCAGGAUCAGCAGGAUGCUAGUGAUGCGGGGGUCGAUAUGUAUUUGGUUAAGCCGGUCAAGUUUGCGGAUAUUAAGCGUAUUUUUGGGGCGAAGUAG